AUGAUUCUGAAGCGCCAAGCUUCUACAUCUCCAUCAUCGAGGUUCUUCACUUCCCAGUCCCACUACACUCUCCAUGAAUUUCCCAACCAACUAACAAUUACUCUUCUUCUCGCAGAACAUGAAGGACGAAUAUGGCCUAUUCCUGUGGCCCUGCAGCGUAGUUCUCGCCGAGUAUGUGCUGGAACUUCCUUGCCUGACUUGGUUGCAGCAAAACUCGGUGCCUGUGUCACUCUUACCGAUGACUCCACCAGAUUAGAGGUGCUUAACAACAUGAGAAGAGUUUGUGACUUGAACAAACUUGAGUGCAACGUGUUGGGAUUGACAUGGGGAGUUUGGGAUUCAUCCCUAUUCAGUUUACAGCCAACAAUUAUUCUAGGGGCUGAUGUGCUGUAUGAUUCAAACGCCUUUGAUAACCUCUUUGCCACUGUGACUUUCCUGUUUCGAAAUUCUCCUGGGUCAACUUUUAUAACCUCAUAUCAUAACCGAAGUGGGCAUCACCUUAUUGAGUUUUUGAUAGGAAAAUGGGGCUUAGAGUGUCUGAAGCUUCUUGAUGGGUUUUCCUUCUUGGCAUCUGACAAAGCAUCACUGCUAAGUGGUAACAUUCAAUUGGCAGAGAUAUCUCUUAUCUCAAAAGAUAAUGCCCGAGGUAGCUCAAAAUUGUGAUAAAGCUUAGCAGUUCUCUCUCUUUUUUUUAUUUAUUUAUCCGGCAGCCAUUGUUAUUAUCUAUGUUCUUUUUGCUUUGAGAAAAUUCCAUUUCAUAUAUAGAUGAUCAAGAAAUUCAAUUGGGCUUGAUCAUGCUACAGAAAUGCCUCUUAAAACAGAUACUGCACUUCUUUGCUAUACAUUAGAUGAAGAAAAGACACUGUUCCUUUUUAUUUUCCGGUUGCUUAAUCUUGAGACAUGGUAUCAAGCAGCAAUCUUUAUGGAUGGGGACUAGGAUGUAAAUUGUUGAGGAAUUUGCCUCUAAGGAUUGCUAGGUGUGUUCUUAUAGAUGUAUAAAAAAAAUGUUUAAAUGUUGAUAUUUGCAGUGCUGUCAAGUGGCUAGAGU